UGAUCAGGAUAUCCAGGACUCUUUGAAAAACCAUCUUCCUCAUGUGCAGCUGUUGGGUCGGCGUGUCAGGCUGAAUCAGCAUUCAGGCAUCUUCAUCACCCUAAACCCGGCUGGGAAGGGUUACGGUGGACGCCAGCGCCUUCCAGAUAACCUGAAGCAGUUGUUUCGGCCAGUAGCAAUGACACGACCUGACGACCAAUUAAUCGCUGAGACAGUGCUCUUCUCCGAGGGCUUUCGACAUGGCCGAGAAUUGGUCGGAAAACUGGUCUCCUUUUUUCGCCUUGCCAGGUGGGUAGACAAUGCUUAG